AUGGCAAAGGAUACAUUCGCCAAUUUAUAUAAAAAGUUUUGCGUUGAAAAUAAAAAAAGGAAGGACUGUGGUCUCAAUUUAUUGAAAAGAAAGGGAAAAGUCUGCAAUACUAAUCAUUGCCUCAAGAAAUUUAUUUUUAAGAAGUUUGGCAAAAGGUCUGCUACUUCACAGGAUUUAAAUAAACGUAAGUAUUCUUAUAAGGCUACGUUGACAUGCAUGAUAGAAAAACGCUCCGAGAUCUGCGUUAUCGUGCAGAACAUUUCUGGAUUUUUCGGCCGUAUACAUAGACAGUCGAGCUAUGAUGGUGAUCUGCAAGCCCAGCAAGCUUUAAAACAACAGAAUAGAAGGCAUUUGUCUGAAUUUGAACUGUAUUUAACAGUGCGCAAAUUAUUUGUCUCAACUACAUUAUUCAAAAUAUUGUUGAUCAUGGUUGCACGUUUCAUCACAGCUAUCACCUAAUUAGACGUUUACUUAAUUAUACAAACCACCGUAAUCGUGCACAAAUUAGUAUAAACUCAGACAAAAACCUUGAGUACAAUGACUUCUGCUUGGUUUCCAGACCUUCAUAUCUUGAUAGGCUAUUGAUAUUGCGUUCUUUUAACUUCAUUAUUUUCUAUUUUCUCAAAAAUCUAACGUCGUAUAUAGUAAUUUAAAAUACACAUUUUCUUGUCAUUUGAUUGUAGAACCCUUUAUGAACGACAACGUGGCAGUACCUAAGGUAUCACGAAGCAAGAGAGGCUUUUGGAUGUCCGUUGCUAACAAGGCCGCACUAUAUAAUGAAUGUUGUUCAAACGCAUGUCGAGAUAGCGAUAUUGUAAAAUAUUGCUUCACAGAUAAAAAUUAACGUACAACAUUUACUGAAUACACAAAACAAAGACGAAAAGCAGAAUGAAUUAUGGACUUUAUCAUUUCAAUAAUCGUUGCAUGUAGACAUUAAUAAGAACUACGUAAAGAUCAACAUGUAUACCAUUUAGCAAGAAAAAAGUAAAACAGCUCCAAUUCAGGAUAACUUUAAAAUCAAGGCCUAAUAUAAAAAUGCAAAAAUAAGAGGUGCUUCAUAUUUUCAACCCAGAUGACUUUGGAGAGGGAGGGAGGGGGGGGGAGGCGUGCUAUAGACCGUCGGAAAUGGCAUGCUUAGAACCUUACGUGCACACUAUUUCAAUAUUUUUGUAUUACGUAAUAAAGAAAUUAAAGUAUUACCACUUUCAGUUUAAAGAAUCACUAUCAACAGUAAUGUUUAGCGCGCUAUAUGAAUGUUAAAGGCCAUGUAAAUCCGUAAUGUAAACAAACGCUUUGUUUACAUUUUGAACUCAGUGCUACAGUUGUAAAAUAUGAUUAGAGAUAUAUUAUACUGAAUUUUUAACACUCUUCUGGUUCGCUAUGAUGUAUUUGAAUGCA